AUGACUAAUCCUCCGUUGCUCUAUAAGAUUGGUAUUGAAUACCUGGCAAAGAUUUUGUUAUCAACAAUAGCUAAAAUAGAUUCAGAUUUUGACGACACUGACGAAGAAGAUAAUGAAGAUGAGAUGCCGUUGUAUAUGCCUGAAUUAAAAAAUUUAUCAACAAGAUUAAAUGAUUUAUUAUUAGAAGAAUUAACCAAACAUAUGAGAUGUGAAACACAUUCGACUUCGUCAAAUGGUAAAUUUUUAUCUAUAUUCAGCAAACCAAUUGUAAUUAAAAAGUCAGUAGUACCAUUAGUCACUGUAACACGAUUAGAUUUCCAAUGUUGUUUAUUUAUUACUGACAAAUCAUUUUCAACAUUGAUUAAUCAAGAUUUAGUAGAACUAAUUGAUUUACGUAAUACGCACAUAACGUAUCACAUAUUUAACAUAUUAUCCCAAUAUUUUCCACGAUUGAAAUAUUUACGGUUAGGAAAAUCAGAUAUGAAAACCUAUCAGGAUCAUUAUCUUCAUGAUAAUUUUUUAUCGUCUUUAUUUCCUACCACUAUUAAUCAUGAAAAAUCAUCAUCCACAUUCAUUAAGAAAUCUAGUCUAAAAGUUUUAACAUUUGAAGGAGUUGAUCUUCCCUUACUCGAUACUAAAACAAACGAAUACAUUCAAGACAUAAUAUCGUUGACAGUGAUUCAUACAUCGAUUCGGUUGAAUUAUCUUGAUCUUUCACGUUCUACAAUCAUAAAUGAUCUAUCAUGUUUAUCGAGCUUAAAAUGUUUGAACACAUUAAUAUUAUAUGAAAUAAAGCCAAGUGUUAUUGAAAAAUAUAUUUCACAAAUAUGUGAGCUGAAAAUGUUAACGACACUUGAUUUAUCAUGUUUAAAGCAUGAUCCUGAUUCCUAUCAAAAUCCCACGUAUAUAUUAGCAAAAUUAGUCUGUUCAUUAGAACACUUAUCAUCAUUAGAUAUAAGUGGAACAAAUCUAGGUGGAAGCAAUAUAUUUAAGCAAGAGGAAGAACUACAAUAUUUAUGCAAAAAAUUUAAUAUUACAAAUAUUGAAAGCUAUUCUGUUCAAUCAAGUAUACCCGCUUUACUUCUUCUAAAGAAACCGUUGGAAUUCCUUGGUGUACUUGAAUGUGAUAAUAGUGUCUCAACACGAGAUUAUUUACCAGCAAAAAAAGUUGCGGGAGAAGCAACAGAAGUUCAAUUGAUAAAUGCCAUGAUUCACUAUCAUAAUCGAUCAGGAAUGUUGGGUACAGCAUUAGUACAAUUAUUCGAUUUCUAUCGGACAGAAACGAUGCAUGAUCCACUAUAUGGCGGCAAGUGCGAUAUCAUCUCCAUGAACGAGCCAAGACUCAGUGAAAUUGUUCCUUAUCAUCUCCUAGGAUUUAAUGUGUAUCGUCAUGAUCGAGAUAAUCGAGGUGGUGGUGUACUGAUGGCAAUUAGAGCAAAUAUCAAAUGUACAGAAAUGUUAAAAAAGACUAUUGAAGACGCCACAGCAGAAAUCAGAUCAUCAACACCACGUCAACAGUAUAAUUUCCAUGCGGCCAACUGGCCUCAGUUUACACUGGAAGUAAAUUCCCGGCUAGAGGCGCAUCCACCGAAGGAGGUAAGCAGCAUCCAAGAAAUAGAAUCCUAUUCAAAAUUUAUCACUAAUGCUAUCAAUGAUGCAUGCUCAAUAGCAAUAGCUAAAAUAAACAACAGUCUACGAUCCUAUAAACCAAGUAAAGUAACUCUAGAUUUAUCAAAACAGAAACAUCAUUACUCCAGAGAUGGAAAACAACACUAUUACCGUUAUCGAGAACUAGCUGCAAACUUAAUCAGAAAUGAUAAAGCUAACUCACUCAAAAAACUAAUGGUAUCUCUAACAAAAAAUAAGAUGAAUGGUACUCAGCUUAUUAUGGAUGCAAUGGAGAAUCAUAUUUAUAAUCAUGAUAUUCAAACAUCUGGCAGUGUAAUUAACCUGUUGAAUUAUAUCGCUUGUGGCGUUGAUCAUGAAGAAAAAUUAACAAUUGGAAAUUUGCGCACUAUUGAAAUAAUGAUGUGUUUGAUACAAACACGUAUAAAAACACAGGUUGCCGACGAUUUACUCGAAUUAGCUUGGACAGUAUUGUGGAACAUAACAGAUGAAACAGCUGAGAAUUGUCGAAAAUUUAUUGAAGAAAAUAAUGGUCUGCAAGCAUUUGUAGAUUGUUUGAGAGUGUUUGGUGAAAGACUUGAUGUCGUAAGAAAUGUUCUUGGCCUUCUGGGAAAUGUUGCUGAAGUAAAAGAAUUAAGACCUUAUUUGAUCAAUGAUAUUCAUGUUGAACAAUUUCGAAUGUUAAUGAAACAAAGUAAUGCGAAUCUAGAAGUAAGAUACAAUUCUGGCGGAAUCUUAGCGCAUAUUUUGAAUGAUGGUCCUGAAGUAUGGACUAUUAGCACGGAUCGAAAUGAAUUAAGUAAUGAUAUGUUUGAAAUGAUUAAAGACUGGGAUAUUCAUCUGGAUCGAACAAUAAACUAUAGAUCGUUUGGUCCAAUUUUACGCCUUCUAAACGAAAAUAAUGCGAGUGGUAGUUUAAUGUGGGCAUCUUGGGCUCUAGCCAAUCUUACAACAAAAAAUCCUGAUAAAUAUUGUUCAUUACUUCGCAAGGAGAAUGGUGAAGAGCUAUUACGUCAGUUAUUGAACUCUGAAACUGUCGAAACAGCUAUCAAACAUUUAGCACAAACAGCUUUGGAUGCCGUAUCAGCGUAA